AUGUCUACUUCGACCGAUCCCCAACAUUUCUUUCAGACAAGUACAUCGCUUGCGGAAAAUGAUCGCAAACGUCGAAAAGCUGCCAACACACAUGGCCAGCCCGCCAAAUCUCGCUCGAAACUUCUUGCUAUAUCUGUAGACACGUUUCUUGACCCAUCAGGUAACAGCGCACUCAUCGCCGAAGCAGACGGCAAUGUAUCGAUUUUCAACCUGUCCAUAAACGAAUUUGUCAGAAUAGGCCAAAAUGCACCAGCUCCAAUAACCUGUAUCCAAAGCUAUGCCGGAAGGACUAGCAUUGACAACGACUCUGUCUCCAGUUUCAUCUUCGCUGGUGGAUGGAACAAACACAUCACAAGUUUCGAUAUCACUGGCCUGGACUUCAUCAACCCCACCAGUCCUCCUCAAUCCACUUUCAAAGCACACGAUGACUUCUUGAAAUGCUUGUUGGUGGCGCAGGCCCCUGACAAGAAGAUGGUGUUGCUGUCAGGAGGAGCCGAUGGAGUUCUGAACAUAUGGACCUUUACAGGACAGCGGCUGGCUUCUCUCAAACCUCAGUGUCGGGGCAUCGAAGAUAUUGCUCUCGAUCCUCUUUCGACCCACGACGCGCCUCGCAUCUUCUUCUCCACUUCCCAGCGAGAGAUCUUCCACUUCACUCUACCUGCAUCUCUACAAAUGGCUCAGACACAAUUAUCGCAGCCCAUUGUUCAGCACGAAACGAGCGUUUACAAGCUCGAGUUUGACAACGAUGGAGACCUGUGGACUGCCUCUGCCGAUAAGACAGCCAAAAGACUAAACAGAGAAAACGGUUUCAUCGCUGAUACGACCCUGGUACACCCUGACUUCGUCCGUGAUAUUGUGGUGUACGACUCUUCGAGUCUGGUGAUCACAGCAUGUCGGGAUGAAGACAUUCGUGUUUGGAAUACAGGCUCGGGUCAGUUACUACAUGUGUUCACUGGUCACUUUGAAGAAGUUACUGGUCUUGCCAUAGCAAAUCAUACUUUGCUAAGCGUCAGUAUCGAUGCGACGAUACGGCGAUGGAGCCUUGCACCUCAAGACCUGAGGAAAGCAGUGGAGGAAGCCAAGAAUCCCCACUUGCUUGCCGAGGAGCCGGAGCCCAAGAAUGACUUCAGUGGUCUGACAGAAGAGGAGGAAGCUGAGCUUCGUGCAAUGAUGGAGGACGAAGAGGCUGAUUCACUUGAGAAGAUGGCGAUGAACGAGCAAUGA